ACUGUUUGGUGCCAUAGUAUCUCCUUCCCUUCACUUCCUGUACAUAAUGAUAACUUCUCUGCAUCUCUUGACAUUUCAUCGUGGCAGGCUGCCCAUAAAAUCAACCAGUGCCUCCUUCUGUCUGAACUCAGGUUAAAUUAAUCAUCUGACUUCCACAUCAGUCUGUUGCUAUGGGGUUGACUGAUGUCACACUGUCUGUAUUAUGAUCACCAUGAUAUCUAACAGGCAAAAAGGGGUUGGUUGCUAGUAGAAACCCUUGGGUGAAACUCACCCGGCUUUAGUAACCAACCCAACUGCAUAGACUUUAGACAACCAUGUAAAGGGAGCGUGAGUCUUACUCAGAGUUCCUAACUAGGAAUGGAAACAUUUGUUCGUCUGCUCAUUUUGUGCAGAAGACUUCUCUCACAUGAGUUGAGUAGCAAAGUUAGAAAUGAUUGAACCCCAAAGGCAUUGGGGAAAGUGACACCUACCCAAAGCUUCGCAUCGAGGCAAUUGAACCCAAGAGAGAUUUAUGGCGGAAAACGAUUCCACUGUCUGAGAGACCAAACAUCUAUCACCAUGGUGGAUGUGAAGUGUCUGAGUGACUAUGAGUUACAGAAUGAACUUAAUAAGCUUGGAUAUUCACCUGGCCCGAUAUUACCUUCCACCAGAAAAGCGUAUGAAAAAAAGUUGGUGCAACUCUUGGUCUCACCUCCCAGUGCAUCACCUGUGAUGAAUGGACCCAGAGAGCUGGACAGAGCUCAGGAUGAUGACGCUAAAGAGCUUAAGACCACUAUCAUUUUGAAAGGAAAUAUCCUUCUCUCAUCAGAAAAACACAAGGGACCCAAAAAAAGACCUGAGGCUUUCACCAUGAGACCAAAAGCUCUAGAUAGCUGCUGCCUGGCUUAUAAGCAUUCUGAGGGAAUAAGGCUUACGAGAAGAGCAUCAAGCACCAGAUUCAAAGAAUGGAGAAGCCCCCGAGAGACAGAUUACUGCACAGUGGACAACAUUAUUGAGUUCUGGAACGUAGAAAUGUUUCCGGUGGCCUUGAGGCUUGCUGUGUUUGGCAUCUUCAUCAUUGUGUUAUUUGUCUACAUAACGGUGGAAAGGAAACCGUUCUUUGGUUAAGUGCUUUAGGAACAGAACAACGAGUGAGCACCUGAGUAUCGGAAAGGAAAGACGUCUCCAAAGGGGGACGCCAGGCCCCAUGGCCCGCUAGCCUUGCGCUAUGGUGCCCUCACAGAUCUGCACCCAGGCUUAUCAUUUCAAAGCUGAAGGGGACUUAUGUACUCUCUAGUUCAUCACUUAUGUUUCAAGAGAAGGAAACAGGCCAGAGAGGUUGAGGGAAGUGCGAAAAGUCACAAUGAACGGAGACCCGAAUCCAAGGCUGGGAAGGGAGGAGGGAGAGAACCAGGCACUUGUGUGAAAAAGCGUAAUGACAGGGACUUCCCCGAUGAUGGCCAUCAUUAAAUGCUUCCACAGUUGGCAUACUUCUAAAGAGGAAACUGUG